AUGAUUACACUUCCGUGUCACGGGCACCAAUUAACUCUUCUACGCAGGUCAGCCAAUUUCAAUUGCAAUGCUUGCAAACUAAGCGGUAAAGGCUCAUCGUAUCUAUGUUACACCUGUCAAUUUUGGAUUCAUAAGAGUUGCGCUUUGUCACCUACCACAAUUGAGCUUGAUUAUCACCAUCAUCACCGUCUCAACCUGAACUACAAGUAUGUAUCAUCGAAGUUCAGCGACUAUAAGGACCGUUGCAAUAGGUGUCGUAAGGAAAUUAUCGAUGGUUCUUGGGCUUAUCGUUGCGAAGCCCAAUGCAAGUAUUUUGUCCAUUUCGAGUGCGCAAUUUCAACAUUGAGAGGUGGUGGCCGUAAGAAUGGAGCAGAAAUGAAGGAAAAUGGUAAGGAUGAUCUAGACAUUAAUUUGAUACGCUUACCGCUGGCCGGUGAUUCCUUAGAUCUAGUUAGAUAUUUUGUUGAGCAUAGUAAUCAAGAAGAGACUAAGGGUGAAACAACGAUCGAUCAUUGGACUCAUGACCAUCAACUAAUCCUUGUCGAUAAGCACCAUAACAAUGAGAUGAAGGGUGACCAAAAAAUUUGCAAUGGUUGCGUGCAACCAAUCUCGCCUCCAUAUUACAUUUGCGAAAUAUGCAAUUACUUUCUUCACAUAAGUUGUGCAAACUUGCCAAAAACAUUGCGACUCCCAGGGCACCCUAAACACCUGGUUCAGUGUUCGCAAUACUCCGAAUUCUAUAAACUCUUCAAAUGCAAAGCAUGCAAGUCAUAUAGCAACGGAUUCUACUACAAAUGUGGGACUUGUAAAUUCUACCUAGAUGUCAAAUGUGCUUUUCUACCAUUAACGAUUACACAUGAAGCUGACGAGCACCCAUUGGUUGAAACUGAAUGUGUAACACAUAAGUGCCAUGCAUGUCAUUAUCCUUCCCGGGGGAUGAGAUUUCGUUGUGAUUCUUGCAAAUUCAAUCUAUCCUACAAGUGUGCUCUCCUCCCGCAUACUAUCAGGCAUAGAUGGGACAAACAUCCACUCAACCUAUUCUACAAAACUAUCAAUGACCAUCCAGACGAAUUCUACUGUGAAUAUUGUGAGGAAGAAAUAAAUCCUCAAUGUUGGCUCUACCAUUGUGGCGAGUGUGAUCAAUCAUUUCAUCCUAGAUGUGUUUUUAAUGGUUAUUCAAACACCAAAUUUGGGGGAAUCGUUGAAGUUGAUGAGCACCCACACUCUCUCAUGUUUGUGCAGACGGCAAAGAGGAUGUCCACUUGUUGCAGAUGUGGUAGUGCUUUUAAGGAUUGUCCCUCAUUCGAAUGCCAAGUUUGUUACUACGCUGUUUGCCAAAGAUGUCUUGAUAAGUUACAUGUUAAGAAUUCCAAAGGGUGGGGAAAAUGAUGGAAGAAUAUGAUUAGCAUUUUCCUUGUUAUAAAGUGUGCAAGAUGUAUUUAAUGUGAAUAGUUUGUGGAUAAUUAUGCACAGUUGAUGUUGAAUUAUAGUCACGAGUCCAAAAUAUGUGUUGUGGCGUUCUACAUUAUAAUACAAAAAUGAUUUAGAUUUCCAUUUGAC